AGUGGCCCCGGCCUUGGCGGGGGAGGGUGGAGAGGACAGCCGGGGCCCGCAGCCCCAGGGCCGGACUGGACCGCACAGGAGGCGGCAUCGGUGGGCGGAUCACGGUCUCAGGACUCCGGCUCGGCUCGUUGGAAUUCAUGCCCGUUUCCUGAGAGACACCACGCUGGGUGCCAGCCGACCUCGACCGUCAUCCUUUCGAUCCCUUUCAACUUUGCGUCUGUUGCCUGCCUCACUGUCCUGAAGGCUUCCUGGCUGCAGAGACCUUGGUGUCUCCUCUUCCUCCUGUUGCUUUAACCAGCUUAUACCCAGCCCCUAUUGGGCUACCUGUUUAUAGAACAUUGCCAGGCGUAGUGGUGCAUUCCUAUAACCCCAGUACCUGGGAGGCUGAAGCAGGACGAUUGUGAAUUCAGUGCCAUUCUGGUUACAUAGUGAGUUCCAAACCAGCCUGGACUAUAUCAAGAGAUCUACUCUCAAACUGAGAUCAUUUCAAAGAUGUCUUCCAGAAGUCCCAAAGAUUUAAUUAAAAGCAAGUGGGGGUCAAGGCCUAGCAGCUCCAAAUCGGACACCGCAUUAGAGAAAUUUAAGGGAGAAAUCGCAGCCUUUAAAACAUCCCUGGAUGAAAUCACAAGUGGGAAAGGAAAAGUGCCCGAUAAAGACAAAUGCAGACUUUUGGAGAAAAUUCAAGUUCUUGAAGCUGAGAGAGAGAAGAAUGUUUAUUACCUCACAGAGAAGGACAGAGAAAUACAGAGACUCAAAGACCAGCUAAAGGCCAGAUACAGUUCUUCCUCAUUGCUUGAGCAACUGGAGGAGAAAGCGAAGGAAUGUGACAAGAAGCAGCAGUUGCUGGAGUCCUUAUCCAAAGAGACAGAUGUCCUGAAGAAGCAGCUGUCCGCCACAACCAAAAGACUUUCUGAACUGGAAGACAAGGCCUGUGCCCUCCAUCUGUCCCAGAGCAUGCCUGCAAACUGCUUCAACUCAUCAAUGAGUAGUAUUCAUGAAAAAGAAAUGCAGCUGAAAGAUGCUCUGGAGAAAAACCAGCAGUGGCUUGUGUAUGACCAGCAGCGAGAGGCCUACGUUAAAGGACUUUUAGCAAAGAUCUUUGAGCUGGAAAAGAGAGCAGAAGCAGCCGCUGCUUCACUCCCACAGCAGAUGAAAAAGAUGGAAUCAGAAGUUUAUUUUAAAGAGGAGAAGCAAAAAUAUGAUCAUCUCUUGGAAAAUGCCAAGAAGGAUCUUGAAGUUGAACGACAAACAGUAACUCAGUUGCGUUUAGAACUUGAUGAGUUUAGGAGAAAAUAUGAAGAAAGUCAAAAAGAAGUUGAAGAUUUAAAUCAGCUGUUGAGUUCGCAGCGAAAGGCAGACAUCCAGCAGCUGGAAGAGGACAGACAUAAGACAGAGAAGAUCCAGAAGCUCAGGGAGGAGAGCAGUGUCUUCAAGGGAAAACUGGAAGAGGAGAAGAGGAAGUCUGAAGAGCUCUUAUCUCAGGUCCGAAUUCUCUACGAGUCUCUGUUAAAACACCAAGAGGAACAGACCAGGGUAGCUCUGCUGGAGCAACAGAUGCAGGCCUGUACUCUAGACUUUGAAAAUGAAAAACUUGACCGCCAGAAUAUGCAGCAUCAACUGUAUGUGAUUCUUAAGGAACUCCGAAAAGCAAGAAGUCAAAUAACACAGUUGGAAUCCUUGAAGCAGCUGCAUGGGUUUGCCUUCCCAGAGCAAUCCUUCCCACUCCAGAGAGAGCCUGAAAGCAGAGUGAAAGGUUCCUCACCUAAAAGCCCCACUGCUGCACUCAACGACAGCCUGGUGGAAUGUCCCAAGUGCAGUGUACAGUACCCAGCCAAUGAACAUCGAGACCUGCUCGUCCAUGUUGAAUACUGCAUGAAGUAGCAGAAGUGCUCCUGCCUCUGUACUGAACAAGUCCACACUGUAUCCUAUGUUUGUUUAUGGGCACUUUGAAUCACAGAUUACAUCUCUUGUAUAAGAAGCUCCCUGUCUGCCCUUGGCCUCUGCCAUAUGAGGGCAUCCUUACGUUUUUCUGGCCACUUUACGUUUUCUUUGUAGUGAUACCUUCCUGAGCCGCUUCAUCAUCAGGCUGCAGUGAAUGUGGUGAGCAGCGGGUACCCAGACGACUAGCACUUCACACUUUUCUUCUAACUGGCACUUCACGCUGUUCUAGAUUCAAUGAACAAGAGCUAUUUGGGUUAUUGAUUACGGCUUAAAGCUAAAGGCCAGCAAGCAAAUAUUUUAUGCUUCGGGGGUUUUCAGAGAGUCAGACGGUAACUAACCGCAGCUCUUACUGUGCUGAUCCUUUUUAUAUAAAUGCUUGGUAUACUGACACUUCCAACGUGAUACCUCUUGCUAUUGUCCAACAGUUACUAGAAAAAUCAGGGAGUUUUGUAAUCUUUAUUGCUGUUAACUCUUCUAAGCAUAAAGCAGGUUUUGUUUGAAGAAUGCCUUUAAGUAGUUGCACAUUUUCACUCACAUUUUCUGACCAUAACUUUGACUUAAAUUUCAGUAACACAGGUCAGUUCCCUAAAAUGCCAAAAGGAACAAAACAAAAUUAUCUUGCCUCCUCAUUCAGUUUGCAGGUCUUUUAUUAUAGCUUGAUUGGUUUUUGUUUUUUGGCAUUCUCAGAGAUAGGUGAGCGGGGUAAUUAUCCAAUAUUUGUUUUCUGAAUAGAUAUUUUUAUAUAUGUUUCAUGUAAACCAAAAGGUGUUAUUUCUUCAGAUUUUCGAACUUGCUUAAACCUGAGCUACUGUUAGCAAUAUGAAGGAGGAAAUAAAUGUAUUAUUUAAUAA